AUGAAUCCACCGAAACUUCACCUGUUUUGCCUGCUUGUCCUGGCCGUGAGCCUGACCAGAGCCCUGGGAGCUCAUCCCAGUCCUGAGGAGGCCCAGGAGGAUAUGGCCCGGUUCAUGAGGGUCCUUCGUCCCUCCAGUCGAUUCAACGACGUGCUAGGCAACUCGAAGGCCCUGAUCAACUACCAGGACUAUGGGUUCAGCGGCAUCCGGGGCAUCUUCCAGUGGAUGGCUGGCGAGGACAAACGCAACGACGGCAUCUACAACUUCCUGCAAUUCUUCUCCGACCAGGCCGGCGGCUACAUCGGACUGCAGAACUACGACAGGAGCUCCAAGUACACGGUACUCUUCUCCGUCUGGGAUGCCACUGGCGCCGAGCCGGGGCAGAACUUCGACUGUUCCACCUUCGGGGGAGAGGGCAUAGGUUACAAGUGCUUCGACUACGACUUCGAUCUCAUCAGCAACGCCAUAUACUAUCUGGACGUGGAAAUCGAUGGCCCUAGCAUUCGAGGCUACAUCUCCGAGCCCCAGGAAGACCUUGGCGGGGCGACAAACCCUCAAGUGCCGCGCCAGCUGAUCGGCAACAUCACUUGGCCUGGGAAGCAGUCGAAUCUGAUACCCUUUGCCUACUACAACGAGAACUACCGGGACAAGGAGUCCUGCCAGAGAGCCUUCGAGCUGGUCACAGUCAACCAGGCUCCCAGGCAGUACACCGCCAGAGGACAGGCCGCAACGUCGUUCAGCGAGGCCUAUCUCUACAGUUCCCAGUGCGAAGUGGAGAACAUACUGGUGGCCCUGACAGCGGACAAACAGAGCACGAUCUACUUCACCCGGCCAACGAUCAGAUAAGAUAAGAUAUGUACGAAUUUGAU